CUUUUAGAAAAUCAUACUGAAAUUAUUUCAAAUAAGGCUGUGUUUGAUUUACUUCAAAAUGAAGAGUUUUAUUUGAAGUGUUGUCAAAUGGCAUCUAUUCUUAAACCAGUAAAAGAAUUAACUAAUAUUCUUGAAGCCCGCAAUGCAAAUUUAGCAGAAUGUUUUAUUGGUUUAACAAGACUUGCGAUUAGUAUUAAUAGAUUAGAAUUACAACAAAAUGCAUUAAAUAAAAUAUAUGAAACUGCAUCACUCAUUUGGUAUAAUUUUAAGUAUACGGAAGCAUCGUGUUUAAGUCUUUUAUCAGAAAUGAGAUCAUGGAAGCGUAAAGAACCUCAGUAUGAUCUUAGUUAUAAUCAAUCUAAAGAAACGCCACUGAAAUGGUGGAUGAGCGUGAAUGUAGAUCAAAUUGAAGAUUCAGAAAUUGAAGACGAUAAUAAUAAUGAUUCGCAACAAAUGUUGACUAAUAAUUUAAAUCUCAGUCAAAUCGUUGAUUUAACUUUACCCAAAUUUUUAUCAACUAAUAUUACUUUAUUUGAAUCUGCUAUUAAUAGAUUAUCUUCUCACGAAAGGGCUUAUAAUUUAGAACGUAGAGAAUAUAAUCCGAUUCAGUUAGCACAGCAAAUGAUAAAUGAAGAAAAUAAUUUGUAA